CCUCGGGGGCUCAGUACGCGCUUGGCCGGCAGAGGGGUAGGGUACUGCACCGCGAAUAGCUUCGUUGUGACUGAACACUCCGCCAAACACCGAUAGCUUCCCGGGAACAGGAAACCGAGCGAGUACGCCACCAGACAGGGACGUACGGGUUGGCUUGUCGCACUGAGUCCCCGCGGUCGUAGUCUUCAGUGCCGGUCAUAAGCUUAUACGUGUGUUCGCCCGGCAGCAGCAGCCAGGGAGAGGAGGCGAGGGCUGGGGCCGCGAGUACAUCUACCCCGGUAUUUCUAGGCGCGGCACCAUGGGCGUGGUGAGCGAGGUGCGGGAGCCGUGGGACUACCCCCCGGCGCAGGGCCUCUACGACCCCUCGCGGGAGACGGCGGCGUGCGGCGUGGGCUUCAUCGUCAACAUCGAUGGCGUGGCCUCCGCCAAGGUGAUCCGUGAUGCCGAGAAGCUGGCCUCCCGUAUGAAGCACAGGGGCGCGUGUUCCUGCGACAACGACACGGGAGACGGCGCGGGGGUCAUGGCCGCAAUCCCCCACUCCUUCUACGCCGCUACCCUCGAGCCCGAGGGGGUGACGCUGCCGGCUCCUGGACGUUACGCCACCGGCAUCUUCUACUUAGACACCGCCCACCACCAGGAGAGCGAGAACCUCUUUGAUGAGCUCGCCGCCUCCCAGGGCCUCAAGGUCCUCCACUGGCGCACCGUCCCCACCGACAGGACGCAGAUCGGCGAGGUGGCCUGCAAAACAGAGCCCUUCCUGCGCCAGGUCUUCGUAGCCGCCCCCGACGACCUCGAUGACACCACCUUCAAGAAAAAGGUAUGGGUCACGAGGAAGCAGGCCACCCACAACCUGGUGCGUCCCGGUGCCAGGUUCUACAUCUGCUCACUCUCCACCACAACUGUUGUCUACAAGGGACAGCUCACCUCAGACCAGCUAUGGACCUACUUCCUUGAUCUCAUGAGCCCAGACUUCUCCACCUACCUGGCACUUGUCCACACCAGAUUCUCGACCAACACCUUCCCCUCCUGGGAGCGUUCACAUCCCCUUAGGCUGAUGGCUCAUAAUGGUGAGAUCAACACUCUUCGAGGAAAUGUGAACCUGAUGAAGGCCAGGGAGGGGGUGAUGAAGAGCAAGGAAUAUGGGAGUGAGCUGAACAAGCUUUAUCCUGUGGUGGAGCCCGGGUUGUCUGAUUCUGGUGCCGUGGACUGCUGCCUUGAGUUCCUGGUGAUGGCCGGUGGCCGCUCACUGCCAGAGGCCAUCAUGACUAUGGUCCCUGAAGCCUGGCAGAAUGACCAGCUGAUGAACUCUGAGAAGAAGGAUUUCUACCGUUGGUCAGCUUGUGCCAUGGAACCCUGGGAUGGCCCGGCACUUAUGACCUUCACUGAUGGUCGCUACAUUGGAGCAAUAUUGGAUAGGAAUGGUCUGCGUCCUUCUCGCUAUUACGUCACCAAAGACCGAGUGCUGGUGAUGGCUUCAGAAGUGGGCGUAUAUGACACAGAGCCCGAGAAUAUUCUGCAGAAGGGCCGCCUGAAACCUGGGCGCAUGUUGUUGGUUGAUACCCAUGAGAAGAUUGUGACCAAAGAUGAGGAACUUAAGCUGCAGAUUGCCAGAUCAAGACCCCAUUCAGUGUGGAUCAAAGAACAGAUCACCUUAGAGGAGUUGUAUGCUGCCCAUGAAGGGAACCUUCCACCAGAGUCCCCUGUUGCUAAUGGUCACAUUAAUGGACUCAAUGGAGAACAAGAACAGGCUGCCGUGGUGCGCACAUUUGGCGGUGACCGUCGGCUGCUGAUGAAUGGAUACACUAUUGAGACUCUUAACAUGCUGCUGCUACCCAUGGUCACCACAAAGAAAGAAGCCCUAGGCUCCAUGGGAAAUGAUGCCCCAUUGGCCUGUCUGUCACAGUUCCAACCUCUCAUUUAUGACUACUUCAAGCAACUAUUUGCCCAAGUGACAAACCCACCAAUUGAUCCAUUCAGAGAGAAAAUUGUCAUGUCACUUGCUUGUCCCAUUGGGCCCCAGGCAAAUAUCUUGGAACCAAGUCCUGAACAGUGCCACCGGAUCUUCUUGGAAAACCCCAUGCUAUCUAUACAAGACCUGGAAGUGAUUAAGGCCACCAAACACCGUGGCUGGCAUACCCAUGUCGUGGACAUCACCUACCCAGUGAGUGAGGGUGUGCAGGGCCUGCUGCCUGCAUUGGACCGCAUUGCUGAUGAAUGUUGUCAAGCAGCCAGGGAUGGUUACCAGAUGUUGGUGCUCUCAGACCGCAAGGCUGGUCCUGAGAGGCUGCCAGUGAGCACCCUGAUGGCCUUGGGUGCCACACACCACCACCUGAUUGAGGAGCGGCAGCGCAUGAAGGUUGGCCUCAUCCUGGAGACUGGGGAGGCAAGGGAGGUGCACCACAUGUGUGUCCUGCUUGGUUAUGGUGCUGAUGCCAUCUGCCCUUACCUGGUGUUUGAGACCAUGAGCACCUUGAAGGCUGAGGGAGUCAUCGAUGCCUCACUUUCGGACAAAGAAAUUUUCAAGAAUUACGUCGCUGCCAUGGAGCGUGGACUGUCCAAAGUGAUGGCCAAGAUGGGCAUUUCCACCCUCCAGUCCUACAAAGGAGCCCAGAUCUUUGAGGCAGUUGGCAUCUCAGCAGAAGUCAUUGACAAGUGCUUCAAGGGUACAGCAUCACGCAUCGGCGGCGUAACCUUCAAUACAAUUGGCAGAGAGAUGGUGGAGCGACACUCCAUGAGCUAUAGCAACCGUGAGUGUGACUCCCUGGUGCUCAGAAACCCCGGCUACUAUCACUGGAGGAGUGGCGGAGAGAAGCACAUCAAUGAUCCCAUGUCCAUUUCUAAUCUGCAGGAUUCUGCAAGAACCAAAAACAAAUCACAGUACAACAACUUCAAGGAGUCAACCCUGGAAAGCGUUCAGGCCUGCACACUGCGUGGUCAACUGGAACUGGUCAAGGGAGAGAACCCCAUUGACAUAUCAGAGGUUGAGCCUGCCUCAGAGAUUGUAAAGAGAUUUGCCACUGGAGCCAUGAGCUUUGGGUCCAUAUCCAUUGAAGCUCACACCACCUUGGCUAUUGCCAUGAACCGUGUUGGAGCAAAGUCCAACACUGGCGAGGGAGGAGAGAAUGCUGACCGAUACAUGAAUCAAGACCCAGACUUCAACAAACGGUCAGCCAUCAAGCAGGUUGCCUCUGGGCGUUUUGGUGUCACUGCUUCUUACUUGGCCAACGCUGAUGACUUGCAAAUCAAGAUGGCACAGGGAGCCAAGCCUGGAGAGGGUGGAGAGCUCCCAGGAUACAAAGUGACUGAAGAUAUUGCAAAGACUCGACACUCAGUCGCUGGAGUGGGUCUUAUCUCUCCUCCACCUCACCAUGACAUCUACAGCAUUGAAGACUUGGCUGAACUCAUUUAUGAUCUCAAGUGUUCCAACCCAAGAGCUCGCAUCUCUGUCAAGCUUGUCUCGGAAGUGGGUGUUGGUGUUGUAGCCUCGGGAGUGGCAAAGGGCAAGGCUGAGCACAUCACUAUCUCUGGGCAUGAUGGAGGCACUGGUGCCAGCAGCUGGACAGGCAUCAAGAGUGCAGGUCUGCCCUGGGAGCUGGGCAUCUCUGAGACUCACCAGACACUCACACUCAACAAUCUGAGGUCUAGAGUUAUUUUGCAAGCUGAUGGACAGAUACGCAGUGGAUUUGACGUUGUUGUAGCAGCGAUGCUUGGAGCUGAUGAGUUUGGGUUCAGCACAGCACCGCUCAUAGUGAUGGGCUGCACCAUGAUGCGCAAGUGCCACCUUAACACCUGCCCAGUUGGCAUUGCUACUCAGGACCCAAUCCUCAGGAAGAAGUUUGAAGGAAAACCAGAACAUGUUGUUAAUUAUUUGUUCAUGUUGGCUGAGGAGGUGCGUGAGCACAUGGCAUCCCUGGGUAUCCGCAAGUUCCAAGAUCUGGUGGGCCGCACAGACUUACUUCAAGUUCGUGAAUCUUGCAUGGAUAAGGCCAAGCUUCUUGACAUGUCUCAGAUACUGAAAAAUGCACUUGAAAUAAGGCCUGGAACAAACAUUGUUGGGGGCUCAGUGCCACAAGAUUUUGGACUAGAAAGUCACAUGGACCAGUGGAUCUUGAAGGAAGCUGAGGCGGUGCUGAAUGGCACCACAGACAGUGUGACAAUUGACACAACGAUUCACAAUGAAGUUCGUGCCUUUGGAUCAACCCUGUCCUGCCACAUUGCUCUAAAGUAUGGUGAGGAAGGUCUUCCUGAUAAUUCCAUCAAGAUCAACCUGAAAGGCUCAGCUGGUCAGAGCUUCUGUGCCUUCCUGGCCAAGGGUGUCUCUGUCACUCUUGAGGGAGACUCUAAUGACUAUGUGGCUAAGGGUCUCUCUGGAGGUGAGGUUGUAAUCUAUCCCCAGAAAAACAUCCCUGAAGACUAUAAGACUGAAGACAAUGUCAUUGUGGGGAAUGUGUGUCUCUAUGGAGCCACCUCAGGGAAGGCUUUCUUCCGAGGGGUGGCAGCUGAGAGAUUCUGUGUCCGCAAUUCUGGAGCUGUAGCAGUAGUUGAGGGAGUGGGAGACCAUGGAUGUGAGUACAUGACUGGAGGCCGAGUACUGAUUUUGGGACCAACAGGGCGUAACUUUGCAGCAGGAAUGUCUGGUGGCAUUGCCUAUGUCUUCGACACCAAAGACGACUUCCCCAAGAAGUGCAACCCUCAAAUGGUGGAGCUUCUCCCUCUGGAGUUACCUGAGGACCUGCAGUUUGUAGAAGAUUUGCUUCAUCAGUUCAACAAGAGAACAGGCUCCCUUGUGGCUGCUGACCUGCUCAAGGACUGGCCAGCUCAGGCAUCAAAGUUUGUAAAGGUGUUCCCCUAUGAAUACCAACGGGCCCUGAAGCAGCUUGCAGAGAAGGAAGCAGCUGCCCAGCCAGUAGCUGAGAGUCCCAAGGUUGAGGAAAAGCCCACAUCACCAGUCCAGGACAUUGAGGAGACAGUCACUGACGCUGCCCUGGAGAAGAAACGCCUUGAGAGGAUCCUUGACAAAACAAGAGGAUUUGUCAAGUACAAGCGUGAGACCUCAAUGUAUCGACCAGCUGAGGUGCGACAGAAGGACUGGGGUGAGAUUUAUAACUUUGAAGGAGUGCGCAAAGGGCUGCGUGUGCAGGCUGCCAGGUGCAUGGACUGUGGGGUGCCCUUCUGUCAGUCCUCCCAUGGCUGUCCACUUGGAAACAUCAUCCCUAAGUGGAAUGACCUCAUAUUCAAUAACAACUGGAAGGAGGCACUUAACCAGCUGCUUCAAACAAAUAACUUCCCUGAAUUCACUGGACGAGUGUGUCCUGCACCAUGCGAGGGUGCCUGUGUUCUUGGCAUCAAUGAGCUCCCUGUCACCAUCAAGAACAUUGAGUGUUCCAUCAUUGACCAUGCCUUUGAGCAGGGCUGGGUAAAGCCUGAGCCUCCCCAAAUAAGAACAGGCAAGAAGGUGGCUGUGGUUGGCUCAGGACCUGCUGGUAUGGCUGCUGCACAUCAACUCAAUAAAGCUGGCCAUUUGGUGACUGUGUUUGAGCGCAAUGAUCGUGUGGGUGGCCUGCUGCAGUAUGGCAUUCCUACCAUGAAGCUGAGCAAGGAGGUUGUGCAGAGGAGAGUGGACCUGAUGGCAGCGGAGGGGAUCACAUUCAAAACAGGAGUCAACGUUGGCAAGGAUAUCUCUGCCAAGGAGCUGCAAGAUGAGUAUGACGCUGUGCUGCUGUGCUUGGGUGCCACGUGGCCCCGGGACCUGCCCAUCACCAACAGGCAGCUUGAUGGCAUCCACUUUGCCAUGGCCUUCCUGGAAACGUGGCAGAAGAACCAAAUGGGAAACAAAAUUGAUGUCACUCCUCUCAGCGCAAAGGACAAAGAUGUCCUUGUCAUUGGUGGAGGUGACACCGGCUGUGACUGUAUUGGAACCUCUCUGAGACAGGGAGCCAAAUCCAUCACCACGUUUGAGAUCCUGCCUCAGCCGCCACCUUCCCGAGGCAACGAUAACCCGUGGCCCACCUUCCCAAGAGUGUUCAAAGUAGAUUAUGGACACGAAGAGGUGAAGGUCAAAUUCGGCAAAGACCCAAGAGCAUACAGUACCCUCACUAAGGAAUUCUUGGAUGAUGGUAAUGGAAAAGUGUCAGGUGUGCGCAGUGUCCAGGUGGAGUGGACCAAAGAUGAAAAUGGACGCUGGAAGAUGGAUGAAAUUGAGGGAACAGAGAAGGUGUACAAGGCUGAUCUGGUGCUGCUGGCCAUGGGCUUCCUGGGGCCUGAGAAGUACAUUAUCUCAGAGCUGGAGCUGGAGCAGGACCCGCGCUCCAACAUCCGCACACCCAGUGGCAAAUACUCCACCAGUGUUGAGAAAGUCUUUGCUGCAGGAGAUUGCCGGCGAGGACAGUCCCUGGUGGUGUGGGCCAUCAAUGAGGGAAGGCAGGCAGCGCGAGAGGUGGACGCUUACCUCAUGAACACUUCAACUUUGCCUCUAACAGGAGGAGUUGUGCAGAUUACACAGAAGGGGUAAAGGAUGUACCAUUGCCUUGUAUGUCAACCUGAAGCACAGAACCCAAGUCCUAUAAUAUGGGUUCUUUUGAAGAGAAAAAAAAUAUUUAGCUACACCUUUAUUUUGCUAUACUUGUUCUCAACCAAGGAAGGCUGAGCUAGAAGGAAAAAAGUUCUUGUUCAGUGGAUCACAGUGUAAGGUUCCCUCACCUAUUUGAUUCUUCAUUCAAGCUCAACAGAAGAAACUCAUACUAUUUUCAUAUUCAAGAGGAAGCUGGAAAUCAUCUAACAUUGAAAGAUAUAAUUUCCUUGGUGUACAUAUACUCAUCAUUCAGAAGUGGAGCCUGAAAGCAUACAGUAAACACCUAUCAUCAAGUUCAGAAGUUUGACUGAUUGGCUUCUGAGUUGAGCUUCAUGUAAAAAAGUCAACUCUUAUGUCAGUGAAAUAAUAAUUCUUUUUAUAGAACCAUGAACUUUAUAUAUGCACAAAUAGAAACACUUUAAAUACAGGUUAAAUAUAAAGUUUAUUCAAAAUUAUAAAUGGGUUUGAUUAAUGAAUAUAGCAAUUUAUGGAUGAAAGGUUUAGUAUUAUUCUUCAUUGCAAGAGUAACAUUCCCUCCCUGCACAGUGGUAGCUACCUAGAUACUCUUAGAAACAUGCUGCUGUAGGUCAUAGGUUUCACAAGGAUUUGAAAUAAUAAUCCUGGGUACUCUACAGUAGUGAUCUGUAAUAUAAACAUUGUUGUUAUAAUGUAAAAUGUACUAUAACUCUGGACAGUGACCUUGUAUUUUACUGCUCAUCAGAAAUAUAUAGAGUACCAGUGCAUUAAAUUGUUGGUGUCUGUAUAAUGUGUGUGUGUGCGUGUGUUAGUGUGAGGGUGAGUGUAGAUAACUUAGAGCAUCACCUCACUGCACGACACACCAGUACAUCAUACUUUGCCAACAAUUGUUACCUAUAUUGUCAUGUGCACGACUAGAUACAGGUGGUAAGUCUCAUAGGAGGAUAUAGGGCCCCAAAAGGCAUCACAGCAAGAGUGAAGGUAUGUUGUAAGGUUCAUAAAUGAUCUGUGCAACUUCCGAGCUCUCACACACACACACACACACACACACACACACACACACACACACACACACACACACACACACACACACACACACACACACACACACACACACACACACACACACACACACACACACAUGACACACAUACACGCACAUCUUAUAUACAGUACUACAAAUUGGUAGGUUAACACACACAUACACAGUCAUGGAUAUUAUUAAUAUACAUACUAUACUUUUAACUGACGAGUAUAAAAUGUCCUUGCACUUUAACACUGUUAUUUAUUCUACACAUUUUUGCCAGUCACAAGGAGACAGUUUAUCAUGGCGAUCAACAUAAAUGGCAUUACAUGUCAACACUCUAAAGGAUGACAUGCCUGUCAGCACUGUACUAUAACAUGACAUGAUUAUGCUGUACAUACAGAAAAAAAGGUAGGAACAAGAGAAUGGUUUGGUGUUGUAGCAAUAAAGUUUCACAUGUUAAGUACACUUGUUUUGUAUGUUAAAUGACUGGCACAUAAUUAAACUUCCCUUAAUAUAAAAAUUUUAAAUAUUGUGAGAACUGUUAAUAGAAGGAAAGUAAGUAGUCUUAAUUGAAACUGAAAAGACUUUCUCAUCCUGGUCCUAGCAUAUUGUGCCCCAUAAAUGCUAAUUGAGUCCUGUGUCACCAACCCCACCACCACUGCUGCCACAACCACAAACAAUGUAUAUUUUGAUAAUAAUUAUAGUACUAUCAGGGUUGUUUGGUAAUACUGUACAUUAAAACAUUCUAUAAAAAGUUAUUUUCAAGAAGCAUAUUAUGAGAAUCAUGAUCUUAGCACAACAUAUAUACUAUCUCUACCUACAUAGAAAUUUAAGCCGUCUAUGUGUGUCUUACUAAACUGUUAAGCCAUUAGAUUUGUUUCCUAACUCAUAAUUUUAGCUGUGAAAAUUCUAGUAAGUAAGACUUGAACAGCCUUUUAGUUCAUAUGACUUGAAUGUCAGGUGCAGUGGUGACACAGGAAUCAGCAGUAUCUUGUUGGGUAUGUAACUUGGUAGUAUUGUCAAGUUAAGCAUUAUUGUAAUUAGGUCAUAUUAGUCCAGUUGUCCGUACAUGGAACAGUUUUACAGUCUGAUUCUUCCACUGCCACAUAGCCUGAGUUUAGGGUGCCAUCACCCUAGUGUGUAGUCACAGGGCUGCCAAGUCAUGUCUUGCUUGAUUGAUAUCAAAAUUAUCUUCCAGUUUGAUUUAUAAAAAGGUAAACCAAGGUUUAGUUGAGGGUUUGAUUCAUGGAUUUAUUUUAUGGAACUGAUGUUUUUAAGAGCUGUUUUUAUGUUUUCUUUUGUCCAGUGCACUCCAGCUCUGUUACAGUUAGCCAGAGAGACUGUGAAGCUCAUGUAAUGUGUAUUUAGGGAGCUGCAGCUCUGUCAACUGCAUGUGAUAGUGAUGCCUGGUCAAUGCGAAACUUUGUCUUCCAUAAAUUAUGGUAGAUAAGACAACAGUAUUGAGUGUCUCGAUAUCCAGUAAUCUAUAAGUCGUGUUAAGCCGUCGUUCAAUGGUAGAUGCGUCCAGGGUAGGAGGAAAGUAGAAGUCCACGUCCGCUAAGCUGCUGUUACCCCUCCAGACCCCACAUUAUGGCUCUGUGCAUUUCAUUUUCAAUUCUGUUUGAUUUUGUAUCAUUAAUUUUAAGAUAAUUAUGUGCACAACCCAGUGCAGUGAGAUUAAAAAAAGUAGGUAUUUUAGCAUGUAUAUUUUCUCUUCCAGAAUUGUUAAUGAAUUGUUGAAAAUUUAUGAUAUUUUUAUAUUUUAAUUCUGGAGUUUUUGUAGCAAUGUUUAGUUUAGGUUUAAAAUUUUAUUGCAUAAGUUGUUGCUAGGCAGUUCAUUCUCAUCCGGUGUGAACUAUUCUCAGUGCUCCUUCUAAUUAGGUUUUCAUGUGUAUAUGAUGAUAAUUUAAGUAAAAGUCUAAAAGUUCA